UUGGCUAGUUAGUUGGCUUUGACCCUAUUUCCCCUCUUUUUUUCCUUUUCUUUCCCCUCUCUUUCCUCUUUCUACGUUCCAUUGUAGGAAGGAAGAUUAUCGAUCGUGUGUCGGCAGUGUAUGACGAGCGCUUCGGAGCUAUUCCACAGCAGGAGGCAUCGUUUGGGACGAUACAAUAACAAUACCUCCCUCCCUCUAGGGCUUGACUCCGACCAUGUUCCCGACCUCCACCAUCCUCGCCGCCUUUCUCGCCGCCUCCCUCACUCUCCCUCUUCCUCCGAGCGUGCAGCAGUAGCUGAUAGAUUCGAGAGGAGGUAUCGCCGGUCGCUGUUGAAUGCGGAAAGCGUGAGAGACGCGUUUGCUCCUCCAAGAUUGAAUCCCUCCGAUAGACUUCCUGUCGGUGUCUUACUUGCACGCGCCAGGCUCGUUGAGAGACUCAGAGGAGACCCUCUCUCGCCUAACAGGCAUUCAAUAGGCAGGGAUCAAGAAAGUGAUGAUGUUGUUGUUUCUGACUUGACUUCUCAAAUGGGAAGGUCCCAUCUAUUGCAAGAGAAACCACCUGGACUCUCUCAGGAAGCCCUAGAGUCUUUACAUGUUGAAGUUUUUAGCAGCAGGGAUACAGGUGAGGAUUGUAGCAUAUGCUUGGAAUCUUUUGUGGAUGGGGAUCAGCUCAUAUGUUUGCCAUGUCACCAUAGAUUUCACUCUGCUUGUUUGGAUCCUUGGGUUCGCUGUUGCGGAGACUGUCCCUACUGUCGACGACAUAUACUUGUAAAUAAAUAAACAAAAUAACCAACAGAGGCUGAGUACUCACUAGUUAUAGUGAUGAGAAUGCUGCAAUACAGUUGCAUGCCUUUUGUAGUGUUUUAUCUUGUUUUCUAAUUAACUAACUUUGCAGUUUUCCAUAAUGCAGUUUUUGUUGGGAAAAGAAGAUUCUUGUGUCGUUGUUUCAGCAACAGAAAUCUUGCAGUGUAUAAUGAAUCAAUUAAGAUGGCUGUAACUAAUAUUAGUUACUAGUUUUGCAGUAUAUCUAAUUUGUCACAUAGAUAUUGAUUAUCAUGGU